ACCGGCCCAGGCCCGCCCAUCACGGCUUUACGGCCUGUCGCAAACUCCCCGCCCAUUGCGGCGGCGGCCGCCGCGCAGCCGUAAAGCGGAGCCGCCCGCGCCCCCCGCCCGGCUGGCACCGCGCCCCUCCCGGCACCAUGGCGCAGGUGGGCCACAGGGUGGAUUACCUGGCCGGUUUCUGCUGCCCGGUGGGGGGGCUGGUAGCGGGCAAGCCCCGGGUGCUGUGCCACGAGAACGAGAUCUACCUCUCCAACGGCAGCGAGUUCGUCUACGUCUACGACCAGGAGGGGAAGGUGCUGAAGGCCGUGUACCGGUGCCCUGACCAGGUGUGGCACGUGGAGCUGCUGCCCCAGCCCCGGCAGCUCUACAUUCUCUGUGCCCACAGCGGCAUUUACUGCGUCUCCCUGGACCAGCAGAGCAGGUUAAUGGAGCAGACGGAUGGCGACGGCCAAGAAAGCAAUUGCCCUUCCGGCGUCUUCCCUGUGGACUCGGAUGCCUGCAUCUUCCCAGACUCCAGCCUGUGCAUGUUCACUCUGCUCAACAACUUCGUCAUCACCUUGUCCCAGGUUCACGGCAAAUGGUGGAUGAAACUGCACGAGCUUCCACACCCCGACCAAGAGAGUCCCCCGUACCGGCAGGUCAGCGAGGUGGGCUUCUGCCCCAGCCCCCAGCCCGGUGACGAGGGGGACAGCCCGCCCUCCCGCUUCCUCCCCGUCCUGUGCUGCGCAUCCUCCCCAGGCACUGUGGGGUCCGGGGAGGGGCUGUGGUGCUCGGGGGGCUUUGUGCUGGAAGAACCCCUCUUCAGCCUGCUCUUCGGGAUCGACGCUGCUAUGCUGGAGUCUCCUAUGAUCCUCUGUGGCUUCCCGGAUGGACAGCUCUGCUCCGUACCGCUGAAGGCCCUCAGCUCUUCAACGGCUGUCGAUGGCUGCCAUGAUGUUUCGAACCCAGACCCCCCCGUGAAGAUCCUCCAUCAUUUGGAAGAGCCCAUCGUCUUCAUCGGGGCCUUGAGAACAGAGCGGAGGGCGGCAGAGGAUGCCGAGGAUGAGCAGCUCUUCGGAGACACUGGCUGUGACUGCGUGGUGGCCGUGGGCCACUACGGGAAGAUGGUGGCCGUCAAGGCGGAUCAGAGGGAGGAGGCGACGGUGCCGGAGCUCAGGGAGUACUACUUGCGCGGGCCCAUUCUCUGCGCCGCCUGCAGCAGCGGCAGCCGGAUGUAUUACAGCACGCACUCGGACAUCUCCGCCGUCGACCUGGACUGGGUCGGCGAUUCCUCCGACCCCGAGGACGCGGAGAGCUGCACCGGCGUCCUGCCUCCCGUCCUGUCUCCGGCCAGUUUAAGUAUCUGUAGCGUUGUGGCUCUUUCCUUGUCUUCUCGGGCAUCAGAAGGUGAAUCGGAGCUGCUGGCCUUGUCUGCCAAAGGCCGCCUCAUGACCUGCGGCUUAUGCAGCCCCGAGGACACCGACGUGGGGCUGACACCCGCUGAGGCUGGCCGGAGGAUUAAGGAGCUGCUGUCCGGGAUAGGCAACACAUCGGAGAGAGUUUCCUUCCUGAAGAAGGCAGUGGACCAGAAGAACCGAGCCCUGGCCAGCCUGAACCAGGUGAUGAACGUGAGCGCGGCUUUGCUGUCCAGCCAAGAAGGCCAGAAGCCCAUUGCUUGCACUGUCACUGCCAACUGGAGCUGCCUCCUGCUCCAAGAUACCGUCACCAUCUCCUGUCUGCUGGAGAACUGCAGCGAGUACAGCCUGGAGGAGGGCUGGACCCUCUGUGUUCAGCUCCUGGCCAGCCCCUGUGCCUUAGAGGAGGAGUCCGUGGAUUCUGCCACCACCUUCACCUUCCCCAUAGACCAGCUCCUCCCUGGGAACAAGAGGGAGCUGACGCUGCCCCUCGGCUCUGCUGCAGACACCAAGCUGGACCUGCCUCUGACCAUCUCCUGUGCCCUCUACUACAGUUUACGGGAUAUUUUGGGCAGCGGCUCCGACUCCUCCGAGGCCCUGGACGACCUCCUGCCCGACGACUCACCCAUCCUCUCCCCAGACAGAGAGGGGAUCUGCCUGCCCCUCAGCGAAUGCACCAUUGACAUGCUCCAGUGCCUCCGUUUCGAGAGCAGCCCCCCCGGGCCAGAUGCCUCCCCACCAGCAGCCGCGCCCCCUGCCCCCCCAGACCCUGUGGAGACCUUCCUCAAAGUAUCCCAGGAGCAGACUGAGCCUGAGGGGGUGAAAGCCAGCGAGCUGCCGCACACCUCGGGAGACGGAAACCUGCCCCCCUCGGCAGCGUCCAUCAGGGUGUCCUCGGAGCUGCUGAAAAAUGCGCUGAAAACCUCUGACUCAGAUGUCUCGCUGAGCUGUGCCACGCUGCGCUGGCUGCUGGCUGAGAACGCUGGGGCCGAGGCGCUGAGCAGCAGGGAGGUGGCAUCGGUGCGCGGCGCAGCGCCGGAUGGAGGCGAGGUGCAGCUGCUUGUCCGAGAGGUGGCCAUGAACGACCUCAGCCCAGCGGGUCCCAUCCAGGCCGUGGAAAUCCUGAUGGAGAGCCCGUCCCUGGCCGACAUGUGCAGGAUGCACCACGCCGUCAUCCGGCGCAUCCAGGCGCUGGUGCUGGAGCAGGCGGCGCAGGGCUCGGGCCCCCCCGACCUCCGCAUGCAGUACCUGCGCCAGAUCCAGGCCAACCACGAGAUGCUGCUGAAGGAAGCGCAGACCCUACGCGACCGGCCGCCCCUCGGCGAGGAGGGAGACGCGACGGCAGAGAAGCUCCUGCACGUCUACAGGCAGCUGCGCAACCCCAGCCUUGUUCUCCUGUGAGCCAGGGGGGUGGCCAGCGCGCCCCGGGGACCCCGAGCCCCGCCGGCCGGGGUGGGUGCCCACCGGGCCAGCGGUGGGGAGAGACCCCCCGCCAGAGGAGGAGCGGGCCCGGGUGGGAGGGCUGGUGGCGAGGGCAGGGAGGCCGCGGCGGUGGUCCGGGUUGGGGGGGGUGUGUGUGUGUGUGUGUGCGUGUUUUCGUGGUCGUGUUGUCGGCAGCACCGGAGGGUCGUGGGGUUCCGGCGGCAGAGCGGGGGCUUCUGGGCUGGCCCGGCCUGACCCUGCCGCCCCCCGGCCCGGCCACGCCGGCGGGCAGCCCCCGGGGUCGUGCUGUCUUGUGGAUCGUUCUAGCCGUGGUAGUUUAGUGCUCUCCCGGCGGCCGCCGUGCCAUGCCGGCUGUGGGCUGUGCCCCCGUGCCGCCUUGCCUUUCAGGAUCAGGACAAACAGGGUGCUGUGCCAGGGUGCCCAGCGGGCGCCCGCCCGGGGGAGCCCCGUUUUCUGCUGGGCAGGGGAGGGGGUUUUCCACUCCCCCGUUGUUUCUAUAAAUGAUCUUGUAUUUCUGUGGUGGUGCAGCGUGUUUUGGCCCAGUCCUUCCCCGCACCGCUCCAGUGUCUGUAAAUCUGUCGUCUGCCAUGAAAACGAUCGUGCCGCUCA